AAUGACAUUGAACAUGGACUAGAGAAGAUAAGCAUGUCUGAGACAAAAACAAGCUUGCAGUUGUCUGAUAAGGAAGCGUUCAAAUCAUCAAAACAAGAUUGUAUGGUCCGGGAAUGUAUGUGAAAAGAUACAUCCAACUAUUGUGAGAAACAGUUUUCAUAAAUGUAUGAGUAGCAUCUGGGGAAGUAGCCUAAGCUUUUUUUUUCUUGGUGAGAGAAUAACACCAGCUGUCUGGUGUGUUUACGGACAUUUUCAAUCAAUCCCUAUCCCAGUCUGCUGUCACCACAUGCUUCAAGAUGGCCACUAUUGUUCCGGUACCCAAGGCAACAAUAACUGAACUAAAUGACUACCGCCCCAUAGCACUCACUUCUGUCAUCAUGAAGUGCUUUGAGAGACUAGUCAAGGAUCAUAUCACCUCCACCUUACCUGCCACCCUAGACCCACUUCAGUUUGCAUACCGCCCAACAGGUCCACAGACGAUGCAAGAAUGCUGUUCAUUGACUGCAGUUCAGCACUUAACACCAUAGUACCCUCCAAGCUCAUCAUCAAGCUGGAGACCCUGGGUCUCAACCCUGCCCUGUGCAAUUGGGUCCUGGACUUUCUAAUGGGCCGCCCUCGGGUGGUGAAUGUAAGAAACAACAUCUCCACUUCGCUGACCCUCAACACUGGGGCCCCACAAGGGUGCGUUCUCAGCCCUCUCCUGUACUCCCUGUUCACCCAUGACUGCGUGGCCAUGCGCGCCUCCAACUCAAUCAAGUUUGCAGACGACACAACAGUUGUGGGCACUCGGAGUGUGGUGUCAGGAAAACAACCUCUAACUCAACGUCAACAAAACAAAGGAGAUGAUCGUGGACUUCAGGAAACAGAUGAGGGAGCACCCCACUAUCAACAUCGAAGGGACAGCAGUGGAGAAGGUGGAAAGUUAAGUUCCUCGCCGUACACAUCACAGACAAACUGAAAUGGUCCACCCACACAGACAGUGUGGGGAGAAAGCACAACAGCGCCUUUUCAACCUCAGGAGGCUGAAGCAAUUGUUAACUCAUUAACCUGGGGCACCAUGGGAAAACUAAUUUCUAUUUCCCAAAUUAACUCAAAGAAUAUCAGAAUAUCGAUUUUACAACAGCCGCUAAUUAACCAGUUGCCUCUACCAAUCUCGUUCUGAACGUUGUAUAGCUCGUGAAUCUGCACGGCUUCGGGUCUCGCCAAUGACUUUGUACCACACCAAUCUUAGUUGAAUAUUUAUUUACCAAAAAGCUAAAAUGAUAAGAUACAAAGACAAAACACGUUAUAGGCUAUUGAUUAGAACUUAGUAUAACGGGCCAGCACACUAUGGCGCGUGUUACCCACAAUGGGGAUUUCAAAAGAGAGAAAAAAGAAAGUACACGAGAAAUGUACAUUUGAAUGAAUUUGUCAGCUAUGCUAUUCUAAUCCUAGCCUUGCCCCAAACUUCCGCUCUUAUGGGUCAGAAUAUAAUGAUGUAAUUACGUGGGGAUGAUCGCCGAGGAUUCUCUGCGUGGGCCGUCCAGGCGGCUCGAUGACACUACUCCGGCGCACCUCUCUGGUCGUCCUCCCAAUGUCAGUGUCCUUUUGGCUUAGGAGUCUGUUCCCUCACCCUUUGCUCUGGAAGGGGUCUUCUGAGGACAGACGUCUCUGUAGCUCACAGCAUAGGAAUGAAACCCUUUAGAUACCACGAUUCGAUGGGAGAUGGAGGCUAGGUGGUUCGACUUGAAUUCAUCCGCUUAGACACAGCUACUCAUCUGUAGCUUGGGUAGAAAAUGAUUUUUAUGUCCUCAACCUUGCGUUGCGUUCUGGGUUCGUUGACUUUUUAGACCUUGCUGCAGCUUGGGUCACGUAGUCUUCAUGUAAAUUCUAUACUCACAGGUUUUAUACCCUUUGGUCAGAAGUGGGCGUAACCGCCUUAAGGACAGUUCUUUGGGCGUACCAAGUUAAUGAGGUAAGGUCUAGAUUUUAUUCAAAUCCAAUUUUACACAACUAACUUAACAUUUCAUCUUCCCCCAAAACAUUCUCUUUGAUUUGGAUAUUUUCCAUACAAUGUACAAUGUAUAAACAUCAAACAUAUACUAGGAAAACUCUUCACAUUACAAUGUUUUCGUAAUAACGUAAUCUAUUAACCUUUAAUAACAAAACAAAAAUGACAUAUUUUCAUAUUCCAUCUAUCGUCAUGACCACCAUUGUGGCUGACUGAAGCCAUUGUUCCAAAGUCCCUUUUAUUUCAUGUUUAAUGUUCUGAGGCUGGUUCUCCAUGAUAACAGGACAAUGGAAUUUGUCUGUGGCCUGAGAUUUACCAGGGGCGUGAGGGGUCAUAAAACCAUCCACAUCUUCAGACCCCUAGAUCUCUCCUCCUCUGUUUGAGAGAUAAUCUGUAGGGUUGUGGUCUCCUGUAACCUGACCUGGUCAGUUCAGUCAUGACAUCUCCUACACUCCCCAGCAGAGUUCUGUCUGUCACACAUUUCUCAGAGGGGUCUCUUUUAUAAGAGGCAGAGAGACCAGAAAAAAACUGUGAUAUAUAUAUAUAUAUAUUUAAUCUGUAGUCUAGGACCCUAUAAAUGUAAGGAGGGCAGGGUCUUAUAACCCCUCCCGUUCUAUUAAUACAACAUAAGCAUAAUCAAUUAUUAUAAUACAUCAAACAUUUGGUACAGCCCCUAUCAUGACCCCUAGGUGCACUCCUGACACCUCAUAAAGGUGUCUCAUUCUGUGGCUAGACAACAUAAAUCCCAGGGCCGAAAGAUUAUAAAGAGAGGGGGAGAGUGGAGGAGUUUGGAAAAUGGAGUGCAUGAAAGCACUUCUUUUACAGCAAUUAAUUAUAAUACUUAUCAUGGAGAGAAGAAAUGGUGCAUAUCCUUCUGAAUCUGAUUCUUGGAUGUAAAGCAAUCAUUGCACUCUUCUGUUAUAUUUGGGCAACUAGAGUUCUUUGUCAAUAGAUGUUUUUAUACUGUAAAAAAACUAUAAACACUUUAUUUUAUUUACAUUAAAUAUUUUAUUUCAACACUUUGAAUGGACUUAGUUUGCUUUGUAUUGCAUAAAUUACAGACUAUAGACCACAUUUAACUGAAUGUUUAACCCUUUAAAUGUCUGUCUACUAACCACUGGUCCUGGCAAUCACCAUUACACAUGCCUGGCAUCAUCAUUACGCGCACCUGCGCCUCAUUAUGAGGCACACCUGGACUCACUACACUGAUUACCUCCCCUAUAUCUGUCACUCCCUUGGCUCCAUUCCCCAGGCAGUAUUGGUUGUGUUUCAACUUCAGUUUUGUAUCGUUCUGUUUCUUGUAUUAUUAAACUCACCUCCUGCUUCUUGACUCCUAGUUUCUCCUUUACACUGUCUCUUCUGGAAAAACAUACAGAGCUUUACCAGGUGGUUGAGAAGUCAAAAGAUGGUGAUUAGAAAUACCACAUUAGAAUGGCAAUUUGCAAACACUGAACUGCAGCAACCCAUAAGAAUACAAAUUAUGGAAAUUGGUGCAGGAGGGCUGGGGGAGUUAACCAAUCAAGUUCAAAUGAAGAUUUGUGUCCACUGACAACAUACUCUACCAGCCCGUUAAGAAUAGGGUUAAAGGGAUAAAGAUUGACUGAUUCUAUGAAAUAUGUGAAAUUUGGAAUAAUGUGAAUUUACUUGUGAAAAGAAACAUUUGGUCAUAUUGUCAUAGUCAUAUUGUAAAAAAUUAGGUGAAACAUGCAACUACAACAAAGCAAAUUAUUUCCCUAAUGUGAAGCAAUAAAGGUCAUGAACAUGGCAUCUUUGAACUGUAAUACAUCACAGAAGGAAAUGUGUACGUCCCCUUUAAAAAAUUGACACAAUUAUUUAGAGACAGAUCAAUAGGAGUUCUCUAUAAACCAGUGACUAGGACUGUCUGCCGUUAACGUACUCAAUUCCAGUUAAACUUAUCAACAUUCAAGAGAAGAUAACCAGGCAAAUAAUUUCCACGCAUCUCACACCUGGGUCAACUGGGUCGUUAGACAGACAGAUCAACGAAGCUGAUUGAGCUCUUCUGGUAGAUUACCAUACUAAACCGACCCAUGACAGUUAUUCAAAGAGAAUAAAAAACACAUCACCAUAUCAAGGGAGCCAUGGCCGCGGAUUUAGAUAUGGUGAACUUGUUGGUCCUUGCUGGUGCAACGUUGGCCAUUCCUAUUCUGUCUUUUGUGGCCUCUUUUAUCCUCUGGCCCUCAGCCCUCAUCAAAAUAUAUUACUGGUACUGGAGGAGGACCCUGGGUCUACAGGUGCGCUAUGCAGACUGUGGGGGAUACCGCUUCUGUUACUCUUACAGAGGGAAGCCGGGGUUCAGACCAUCCAUCCUCAUGCUACAUGGUUUCUCUGCUCACAAAGACACAUGGCUCACUAUGGUCAAGUAUCUACCCAAACACCUGCAUAUACUGUGCGUGGAUAUGCCUGGCCAUGAGGGAACCACUCGUACCAACUCAGAGGACUACUCCAUCCCGGGCCAGGUCAAGAGGAUUCAUCAGUUUGUGGAGAACGUUCGACUGAACAGGAAGCCCUUCCAUCUGGUCGGGACCUCCAUGGGGGGCAAUGUGGCAGGAGUGUACGCAGCCAGCUUCCCCUCCGAAAUCUGUAGCAUCACCCUUAUCUGUCCAGCAGGUAUACGAUACCCCUGUGAGACAAAAUUUGACAAUCAUCUGCAGGACCUUGAGCACAGCCAUUACACUCUGAGCAUCCCACUGAUUCCGUCCACACCAGAGGAGAUGGAGGAUAUGCUCAGGCUUUGCUCCCAUGUCCGCUUUAAGAUCCCUCAACAGAUUCUUCAAGGACUGGUGGAUGUUCGGCUUCCACACAAUGAUUUUUAUCAAGAAGUUUUCAUGGAGAUAUUGGGUGAGAACUCCAGAUACGCCCUACAGGAAAAUUUGCAGCUGAUUACUGCCCCUUUGCAAGUCAUUUGGGGCAAACAGGACCAGGUGGUGGAUGUCUCUGGAGCUGUGGUAGUGGCGGAGGCCUUGCCCGGUUGCAGGGUGGACCUGUUAGAGAACUGUGGCCACUCUGUGGUGAUGGAGAGGCCUCGCCGGACAGCCAAACUCAUCAUGGAGUUUAUUAUCUCCCUGGGUACCACCAGCGGAACCAUUAAGAAGCGCUCCUGAGAAAUACAUUCUUUAUGGAAGUUUUAUUAUUUAGUCAAGCAUUUUAUUUUGAAAUGUUUUUAAAAAAUGGUUUAAUGAUCAACUAUUUACUGUAAACUCUUAAUUUUUCAGAUUCAGGUAUUUUUUUCACCCAUGUAAUAUCUUGGUCAAAUAUGUUGUUUCCCUCUUCCUGCAAUGUUUGAUCACAUUUGACUAAAUUAUUAAACCCUGCCUGUGUCUAAUUUAAUUGAUUUUCCUCCAACUAUGCUGAUGGAAUGUUUGUAGCUAGCCUAUGUGCAUAAAAUAAAGAAUACUUCCAUCUCUUUUCUAUCAUCACUCAAAA